AUGUGAGCUGCGCAGUGGAGAUGUCCUCAGAGGUGUCAUGGCGCCGGUGAAGAAGUGUCAUUUAUGAGCUGUUCGGCUGUAAACCUUCAGUUUUUUAGCCCUGCGGAGAGUUUUCUUGGGGAAACCGUGUUCUGUAAACCGCCGUUAUGGGUUCUGAAUAGGGGUCGUUAGUUUGUGUGUGAGGAAGACCAGAUUUGGAGACAGAAGAGCAGCUGCCGCCUGACUCAUCCUCCUCACAGUCAUGUCUCAGGCCGAACCCACGUCGGACUCGGCGCCGUUAUUCUCCUCGGACAGCGAAGCCGAAGGUCCAGAUGAUCAGCCGGCGGUUCAGACGGAGGAGUCGUCGAGCGGAGUGUCGAGAGUCCGAGCCCUGCUGACCGUCCUCAUCCUCUGUUACGUCAAUCUGCUCAACUACAUGGACAGAUUCACCGUCGCAGGUGUUCUCCCUGAUAUCGAGCAUUACUUUGGGAUCGAUGAUGAAAAGUCUGGACUCCUGCAAACAGUUUUUAUCUGCAGCUACAUGUUUCUGGCGCCGGUCUUCGGUUACCUUGGCGACAGAUACAACAGGAAGUUCAUCAUGAGUUCUGGCAUCACGUUCUGGUCCGUGGUGACGCUGGCCAGCUCCUACACACCUAAAGAGCACUUCUGGGCUCUGCUGCUGACUCGAGGUUUGGUCGGAGUCGGAGAGGCCAGCUACUCCACCAUCGCUCCGACCAUCAUCGCUGAUCUCUACGUCAAAGAGACGAGGACCAACAUGCUGUCCAUCUUCUACUUCGCCAUACCUGUCGGCAGUGGUCUCGGCUACAUCGUGGGUUCUCAGGUCAGUAACGUCGCCAAGGACUGGCACUGGGCUCUGAGGGUGACGCCGGCGUUGGGGCUGAUCGCCGUCCUGCUGCUGCUGUUUGUGGUGAAGGAACCGAAGCGAGGCGCCGUCGAGGCUCGACCAGAACAUCAGCUCCAUCAGACCAGCUGGCUGGUGGACCUGCAGGAUCUGAGCAAGAACUUCAGCUUCAUUCUGUCCACCUUCGGCUUCACGGCGGUGGCCUUUGUGACUGGAUCUCUGGCUCUCUGGGCUCCGACCUUCCUGUUCAGAGCCGCCGUCUUCUCUGGCGAACGAGAGCCAUGUGUGGAGGGUCACUGCGCCUCCUCGGACAGUCUGAUUUUUGGGGCCAUCACCUGCGUCACGGGUAUUCUGGGCGUGUUCACCGGCGUCCAGGUCAGUCGGCAGCUGAGGACCAGGACGCCUCGAGCCGACCCGCUGGUCUGCGCCGCCGGACUGCUGCUGUCGGCUCCGUUCCUCUACCUGGCCAUCGUGUUCGCCCAGGCCAGCACCGUCGCAACAUACGUCUUCAUCUUCCUCGGAAACACGUUUCUGUCCAUGAACUGGGCCAUCGUAGCCGACAUUCUGCUGUACGUUGUCGUUCCGACUCGUCGAUCCACGGCAGAGGCUCUUCAGAUCGUCGUGUCUCACCUGCUGGGAGACGCAGGAAGUCCUUAUCUGAUCGGAGUGGUCUCCGACUCUCUGAGGAGAAACGACUCGUUCUUGUGGCAGUUCCGCUCCCUGCAGCUCUCCCUGCUGCUCUGCUCCUUCGUGGCCGUGGUCGGCGGAGGUUUCUUCCUCGCCACGGCGCUCUUCAUCGAACGAGACCGAGAGCGAGCCGAGAACUUCGUCCACACAGAAGACGAGCCCAUCGUGGUUCCUAAAAGCGGCCGGUCCACUCGGGUUCCGGUCUCCAGCGUCCUGAUCUGAUCCGGUUCCUCUCUCAGCUCUGCUUCUUUUAUUUCAUCUUUUAAGACUUUUUGUUUUUUAUAAGGGGAACAUUUUGAGAGAACUUCAGUCGCUGUUUUUGCUCGACUCGAGGCCUUCAGAGCCGGUAUGACGUCGAGCUGAAGACCGUCAGUGUCGACAGAAGCAGCUCUGAGGAUCAAACUUUGUUGGUCUGGACAGAAAUGACCCGAUGCUGGUCUGGGAUCAGAGACGAUUUUCUGCAGUUUAACCUCGACAAGUCCAAAGCUGAAGUCGUUUUAUAUCCAGGAGCUUUAAUAGUCAUAACUUUUUUUGUAAACUCAUUUUAAUAUCAACACUAAUCCUCCUUUUUAUUCAGUUCGUUCAUGAAGACUGUUCAGUAUUUUCAAUGUUUAAAAAUGUUUUUAUGUUCAGAAGAUUUAAUGGUUGUUUUAAAAAAAGCUCUUAAUCGAAUGUUAAUCUCAAAUUAUUUUAGCUAAAGCCUCUUUUGUGAUUAAUUAAAUGAUAAUUAACUUGUCA